GCUGGAUUUAAAUAUACGUAUUCAAAAACAUUUUCAACCCCAUGGCAACGAGAGGGGCUAUGGUCCAUGAGCACUCAUGGACGCACAGAAAGUGGCUUGUCCACCAGCAACAACAACAAGCACUGGAGCCCAGAUAACACAGUGAAACCGAUAAACCAUGAUCCCCAUCACUGAACUGCGGUACUUUGUGGACACACAGCCAGCCUACCGUAUCCUGAAACCAUGGUGGGACGUGUUCACCGAUUACAUCUCGAUCGUAAUGCUCAUGAUCUCUGUGUUUGGGGGGACCCUGCAAGUCACCCAGGACAAGAUGAUAUGCUUGCCGUGCAAAUGGGUGGUGGAUCAAACUUGCAAGAAGAACUUAAAUUCCACGUUUACGUCAUCUUUUUCAUGGGAGCCCAAAGGAAUCCAGUAUGAUUUGGACCGACACCAGUACAACUAUGUAGAUGCUGUGUGUUACGAGACAAGGUUGCACUGGUUUGCCAAGUAUUUCCCUUACCUGGUGUUACUACACACACUUAUUUUCCUAGCCUGUAGCAACUUUUGGUUCAAGUUUCCUCGGACGAGCUCCAAACUAGAGCACUUUGUGUCCAUCUUACUGAAGUGCUUUGACUCACCAUGGACCACUAGAGCUCUGUCGGAGACGGUCGUUGAAGAGAGUGAUCCAAAACCAAUGAAAAUGAACGGCUCGAUGGAGCACAAGGAGUCCGUCAUCAGUGAAGAUGUGGAAGCGAGUGUUCCUAUGCUCCAGAGGACAAAGACGCGCCUUGAGCAGGGAAUUGUAGAUCGAACAGAAACAGGAGUUUUGGACAAGAAAGAAGGCGAGCAGGCAAAAGCGCUCUUUGAAAAGGUGAAAAAGUUCCGAAUACACGUGGAAGAAGGAGACAUUGUGUACAGACUGUACAUCCGCCAGACUAUUAUCAAGGUCAUCAAAUUCAUUUUGAUAAUAUGCUAUACAGGGUAUUACGUCAAUGACAUCAAGUUCAGCGUCGACUGUAAUGUCGAUAUAGAGAGUCUGACGGGUUACAGUGUUUAUCGCUGUGCUCAUCCAUUGGCUACACUUUUUAAAAUCUUGGCCUGUUUCUACAUUAGCUUAGUGGUGGUUUAUGGAUUGAUCUGCAUGUACACCUUGUGCUGGAUGCUGCGACGUUCCCUCAAGAAGUAUUCCUUUGAGUCGAUACGAGAAGAGAGCAGCUACAGCGACAUACCCGAUGUUAAGAAUGACUUUGCAUUCAUGUUGCACAUGAUAGAUCAGUAUGAUCCUCUUUACUCCAAGCGCUUUGCCGUGUUUCUUUCGGAAGUAAGUGAAAAUAAAUUGAGGCAGCUUAACCUCAACAACGAGUGGACUCUAGACAAGCUCAGGCAGAGGAUAACCAAGAACUCACAGGAGAAGCUAGAGCUGCACCUUUUCAUGCUCAGCGGCAUUCCGGACACAGUAUUUGAUAUGAUGGAGCUGGAGGUUCUCAAACUGGAGCUUAUACCAGAUGUGACUAUCCCGCCGAUCAUCGCUCAGCUCGUCAACCUGCGAGAGAUGUGGCUUUACCACACGCCGGCUAAGAUUGAGGCUCCAGCGUUGGCUUUCUUGAGAGAGAAUUUGAAGUCACUUCACAUCAAAUUCACAGACAUCAAAGAGAUUCCUUUGUGGAUUUACAGUUUGAAGAAUCUUAGUGAGCUCCAUCUAACUGGGAAUCUGAGCGCUGAGAACAACCGCUACAUUGUCAUCGACGGGCUGCGGGAACUCAAGAGACUCAAGGUGCUUCGUCUAAAGAGCAAUCUCACCAAGCUGCCUCAGGUGGUGACUGACGUUGGCAUGCAUCUCCAGAAGCUGUCCGUUAACAAUGAAGGUACCAAGCUCAUGGUGCUCAACAGUCUGAAGAAAAUGGUCAAUCUGACCGAACUGGAGCUGAUUCGCUGUGAUCUCGAGCGAAUACCACACUCCAUCUUCAGCCUGCACAACUUGCAGGAGAUUGACUUGAAGGACAACAACCUAAAGACCAUUGAGGAGAUCAUCAGUUUCCAGCACCUUCACAGGCUGGUCUGCCUUAAACUCUGGUAUAAUCAGAUCGCCUACAUUCCCAUUCAGAUCGGCACGCUGAUCAACUUGGAGAAACUGUACCUGAACAGAAACAAAAUCGAGAAGAUUCCCGGACAGUUGUUUUAUUGUCGCAAGCUUCGCUUCCUGGACCUGAGCCAUAACAACUUAACCAAUAUCCCGGCUGACAUUGGCUCCCUGCAGAACCUUCAGUACCUCGCAGUGACCGCCAAUAGAAUUGAGAGCCUGCCCAAUGAGUUGUUCCAGUGCAAGAAACUGCGCACAUUGAACCUGGGAAACAACUGCUUGCAGUCUCUGCCAUCACGCUUUGGAGAGCUGACCGGGCUGACGCAACUCGAGCUGAGAGGCAACCGUAUGGAGUGUCUUCCCGUGGAGCUGGCCGAGUGUCGGCAGCUUAAGAGGACUGGUCUCGUUGUGGAGGAGGACCUCUUUAACACCCUGCCGACUGAGGUCAAAGAACAGUUGUGGAGAACGGACAAAGAACAGAUUUGAACCCGGCUGUGAGUUAAUCAAUACUCGCUAACUUGCAACCUGUCAUAGGAGGAAGGAGGAACCAACCCCGACCACCUCAUGCGCUGAGAUGGCAUGGUGUCAUGUUGAGCCAGUAUGGACUGGGAACGAUUCCCCAGUUUGGCAGAGUUUUGUUUUUACUAGCUCAUAGCUUCCCCGUUUUUUUAAAGGUUGGCCACAGACUCACUAAUGAGGCUUUUUAGCAAUAAUAAGAUAACACUUUAAUAAUCCCAAAGGGAACUUGGACAAGCGGUGCCAUUGUGAUGUUUGUUUACAUGUUAUGCAUCUCAAUGAUGGACAAUGUAAGUAAGUAUGCAACAAGAUAGGCCAACAGAGUGAAGAUAAAAUGGGCAGUUUUUAUAAUUCAAUAGCACUAAAGUGGGACGUUCUUAUGUUUUCUUGGAAGUAUCAUGUCAGGGAAUCAAAGAGAUGCCAAGAUGACUCUACAUGGUCCUUUUAUUAUUUCCUAAUUGCAUAAAAAAAAGAUGGACAAAGAGCGGAUCAUUUUAAGGACAUUAUCAAGCAGAUCACAAUAUUUGAACAUUAAGCUCAUUAUAUCACGUUAUAUGUUGAAUAUACUUACAAGCGUAUACAGUCAUAUUGACAAUCAUUUAAGUUGACAAAAUACUGUCUUGUGUCAAUUCCAUGUCACCUGUCUAUACUGUUGUUUGUUUUCCCAUUGAGAGCGCCAUUAGUUCCCUCUGAGGGCCUUUGAGCUUAAAAUAAUUUAGAAAAAUGUUUGUAUCAUCCAAAGUAAUUAAUAUAUGAGAAAAUGUGUUUGAGUGCAUGAUUACAAGUCCUCUGAAAGGGUCUAUGUGCAGUAAUAGGUAGGGGCAUGGUCUAAUUCCUGGGUUUUUUUUUGGAAAAAAUCGGAGUAGAAUGUCACUGUUUAAAAAAAUAUGUAACAGAACAAUUCAGAACACCCAAAUGAACACAUUUUUGUGAGGGGAUAAAGUUGUGUCAUAGUACAUGUUCACCUGAAACACACAAUUGGUGUGAGCUCAAGAAUUGGACUUGUUUUUAAACAGCGGAGGCGUUAAAAACUUACCAUACCACAGAUUCAUCAACUGACCAAAAAAAGGGUGAUUAGGUAUGUUAAUAUUUGACCAGUUUGCCUUAACGACAGGUCACUCCUUCUGUUUUGCUAUUUGUAAUGUUGCUGUUUUCAUUUUUGACUGUGGCUUCUGAUACUUUUUAUAUUUGACCACCUAUUGAAGCUUGUGUGGAAGACUACUUGGCCUCAAAUAAUCAUGGCUGAAACAGAACAAAGUUUUUGUGUAUUUGGUUUUUUUUUUGUGCAGCAUUGAUCAAUCAAUUGGAGCUAACUGGAAGUAUGUGAUUGGUGAAUGAGUUUUGUUGAUGUGUGUUCCUUUCACUGUUAAAUAGAAACUUAAGAGCUGUUAUUACUCAAGAGUAUGCUUAGAUAUUUGUUAAUGUAAUAGUUUUUGGUAAUGAGAGAGUUUGAGGUGUGUGAAAUGAAAAAUCGCUAAUGGAGUUCAAAUUUUGUACAAAUAAAAAAAAUCUGACGCUU